AUGCCAAUCAACACAGCCUGUGACAGCCUCCCUCCCUUCUUUCCGCUUGCCGUCAUGACCUCCCCUCUCGACAAGCUUCCCAUCGAGCUGGUGGAUGCCAUCGUCGAGUUCCUCCCUGCGAAGGCACUCAAGUCCCUCGCGCUCGCAUCUGCGCUCUUCCGCCAUCCGUGCCAGCGUUGUCUCUUCUGCAAUGUCGCUAUACGUCGACCGUUGCUGGACGUUAUCCCCCAGACUGGGCCCCAGCCGCCUUCCCUGUCUGACUUCCCCACCUCUCCGCGUCUCCUCGCGAACAUCGCAUCCCUGACCGUGGCCUUUGCACGCGCUCAUGGCUGGCCGGACGAGCCCGCCUUCAGCACCGCCUUAUCGGCGAUUGCCGCGCAUGGCAAUGUGCGGCGGCUAGCGGUGAUGGGCACGGGACCGUGGGCAUGGCUCGCUCCCGACACACGCGCGGCAUUGCUAGCAAUACUGAACGAUGUCCAGUUGAGAACACUCAAGAUGCACGACGUCCUCGCAUUUCCGGCGGCGGAGAUGUACCACUUGCUGUCGCGCGGCGUGGAAAAGACGCUCGUUCUGAGUGGCUGCACAUACCGCCUUCACGAGGCUACCGGCUUGGACAUGGGCGUAGCGCGUGUGCAGAGCUUGGUGCUUCGCAGUAACCUGGAUGAGGCUUACGCGAUGCUGGCCUCCACAGAAGCGCCUAGUCUCCAGAAUAUCACCAAGCUCAGCCUUCGACACGCGGAUGUUGACCUGCGGCACAACACCCUCUUCAACUCGACGAGCAUUGCUCACGGGCUCGUAGAGCUGACGCUCAUCUGCUACACGUUGGAUGCGCCAGGCGUCGUGCUCCCCGCCGCCCCGCGGCUGCAGCGCCUCGAAGUCCGCACCCAUAUGUCCUGGAUCCUCCCGUACGGCGUGGCCCCGACCCUUGCGGCGCUCCCCAGCUCGCUGCAGCGUUGCGUGUUUGUGUUCACGCUCGCGAUCUCCAACCCGCACCGCUUUUACCCCUCAGCGGAGCAGUAUGCCCUCUUUGCAGCAGACGACAGCCGCGGCCCGCCAUCGGCCGUGGCGGUAGAGCUCGUUGCGCGUGUCGUAAACGGACAUGCUGGGGUUGAGCUGGAUGUGGCGGAUGAGGAGAUGGUAUGGGAGGAGUUCCAGGACGUUGUGCGAAGGGGAUUCGAGGGAAGCAAGGCGCCUGUCGUGCGGAGGACCGUUGCGGAGUUGGAUGGCUUCGAGGACGACUAG